CUAUUAAAAAAAUGAUAUCUGUUAUCAAGGAAGAUGCUGAAUUUGAUAAAAAAAAUUCGGAUAAAUCGAAGAGAAAGCUAGGGUUACUACCGAUGAAGCCAUUGACAGCCAAAACGAAGGCAAUAGAUUGAGCUUAGGAGUUCCUAAUGAAGAAGGUAGGGUUUUUCCAAUGGAACACGAUUGGAAAGAUAUUAGGGUUCCAGAGACUGAUAGAUCUGAGGAGGUUAGAGAUAUAAAUGCUGAUAGUGUAGAUAAGGGAAUAGCCGGCGCAUCUAGGGUUUUUGAUGUAAAUGAUCGAGUGGAUGAACAAAAUGAUAUGAUAAAUAAUGAGAAUGAUAGAAUAGGAAAUUCGGAGAAGUUGGAGAAGGGUACUGGUUUGGGCUAUAAGUCCUUGUUAUCUGAGUUUGACGAUUAUGUAGCCAAUGAUAGAAUUGGUGGAGCUACUUCAAGGGCAUUGAGUUAUGGGUUUGAAGUGGGUGAUAUGGUUUGGGGAAAGGUGAAAUCUCAUCCUUGGUGGCCUGGACAUAUAUUUAAUGAAGCCUUUGCAUCUCCAUCUGUACGUCACACGAGGAGGGAGGGGCAUGUGUUGGUUGCUUUCUUUGGGGAUAGUAGUUAUGGAUGGUUUGAUCCAGCUGAACUUGUCCCUUUUGAUCAUCAUUUUUUUGAAAAAUCACAACAGACAAACUCGAGGACUUUUGUCAAGGCUGUGGAGGAGGCAAUGGAUGAGGCUAAUCGGAGGAGUGGUCUUGGUUUGGCUUGUAAAUGUAGGAACCCAUAUAAUUUUCGUCCCACAAAUGUCCAAGGGUACUUUGCAGUUGAUGUUCCAGAUUAUGAACCUAAUGGGAUUUAUUCAGUGAAUCAAAUUAGGAAUGCAAGAAAUAGUUUUAAGCCCAGUGAGACCCUCUCAUUUUUGAAACAAUUGGCAUCAGCCCCUGUAGCUUGUGACCAGGAAAGCAUUGGAUUUUUGAAGAAUAAGGCUACUGUUUUUGCUUUUCGGAAGGCUGUGUUUGAGGAGUAUGAUGAGACGUAUGCACAGGCUUUUGGAACACAGUCAUCACGACCUUCCAAUCAGGCCGUUAAUGUUCCAGCACGAUCUUCUAAGGAGGCACCAAGGGCUCCUUUGAGUGGACCAAUGGUGGUUGCAGAAGCCUUGGGUGGUGGAAAGAGUUUUAAAAAACCCAUAAAAGUUAAGGGCCAUUCAAAGAAAGACAAAUACCUAUUCAAACGAAGAGACGACGCAGCUAGCUCAACAAUGGAGUCUACUUUCAGAGAGGGAUCACCUACAUUUGUAGCUGGAGAUUACGUGCUACAAAAGAGGGCUCCUGUUUCUGAGAUUCCAGUAAAACAAGAGCAUGCAGUUGUUGUGAGCAGGGAUGAUGCAAGUUCAAGUGGAGAUUUAUCUGGAAAUGCAGUUGAAAAUGUAAACCAGACUUUAGCCAAUGCUGCUGCUGAAGAUAUAAAGCCAUCUUUGAAUAAAAUUGAUGGUGCACCAGCAUCUCUUCAGCACGAAGGUGAUGUUAUAUUUGACUCGAAACAUGAGGAGGGCGGAAAAUUGUCUUCAUAUGAAGGAAUUCAGAAACAUGAUAUGGAUUCCACUGCAAAACUGGAAGGACACCAGGGAUUUGAUCAAGUUCGAGAUGGUGUCGCUGGUGGGCAUCCUUACCCAGUUGAUAUAAAGGGCUCUAGUAUGAGUGCAGAGGGUGGGUUGAAGAAAGUGAGAAAACGCUCUUCAGCAGAUAUAGGUGCUGAUAACUCUGCUUCGGUGGAGAAAAAGAAGAAAAAGAAGAAAGAGGCUGGCUCAGAAAUACACCCUGAUAAACCAAAGAAGCCUUCUCUCCUUGGAAAAGUUGGGGUGAAAUCUACCCAGAUCGGUUUGGGUCCUAGAGAUGAGUCUGUCAACCAGCAGAAGAAAGAUGUUGAUCCUACACAUUCCUUGUUCAAUUCUAUUGGGGCUUCCACAACCUUUGGUAUGGGAAGUUCUGAUUUUGAGCUUGCACAGCUACUGAGUGAUUUACAUGCUUUGGCUCUCGAUCCCUUUCAUGGCGUUCAAAGGAAUAGCCCAACCAUUGUUAAGCGAUUCUUUUUGCGAUACAGAUCACUUGUUUAUCAGAAAAGCUUGGUUGUGUCACCACCAUCCGAGAUGGAUCCAGUAGAACUUCAUGCUGAUAAACCUCCUUUGUCUGUAGCCUCUGACAACUAUGGCAAGGAGAAUGUCAGAGACUCGGCUUCUUCAAAACCAGUGAGAACCCUUGCAAGACCUGAUGAUCCAACAAAAGCUGGAUUGAAGCGUCCCCCAUCCGAUCGGCAAGAAGAAAUUGCUGCAAAGAGAUUGAAAAAAAUCACGCAGUUGAAAUCAUUAGCUGCUGAGAUGAAGGGCAAACUGAGGACUUCAGAAGCCCCAAAAGUCGAGGUUAAAGAGCAGCCAACUGCAGGGCCACCAGCAAGACCACUCAAAAAACCCGAUUCUGCAAGGAGAAUGGAGCCUCCACCUAGGGCUGUUGAGCCUACAAUGCUGGUUAUGAAGUUCCCUCCUCAGGUAGCACUUCCAUCAGUUGCAGAAUUGAAGGCAAGAUUUGGACGCUUUGGCUCAUUAGAUCAGUCAGCGAUUCGUGUGUUUUGGAAGUCCUCAACGUGUCGUGUUGUGUUCAGACACAAGAUCGAUGCACAGACAGCAUAUAGAUAUGCUAAUGGAACUAAUUCCCUAUUUGGCAAUGUGAGUGUGAGAUACCAUCUUCGAAGUAUGGAAGCUCCGGCAGAAGCACUAGAUUCUGAUAAGGGACGGGAAGACGAUACAACCGGUGAAACCAUUCGAGUUAAGGAUGCUGUAGUUGAAAGAUCAGCAGCGGUGAUGGCACACCAGCCUUAUCCUCAAUCAACAAUCCAGCUGAAGUCCUGCUUGAAGAAGCCAACAAGUGAAGAGGCAGGGCAGGGAAACGGCAGUAACGGCGGUAGAGGUACAGCCCGUGUAAAAUUCAUGUUGGGUGGGGAAGAAAGUAGUAGGGGAGAUCAAUUGAUGGUUGGUAAUAGAAACAACAACAAUCUUGGUUUUGCCGAUACUGCUGCACCUACUGUUGCAAUGGAAUAUAAUACUAAGAACUUUCAAAAGGUCAUUCCUCAAUCAUCUCCGUCUUUGUUCCCUGUUAACCCCUCUGUUUCUCAUUUUGGGAAAGCCCCCACUGAAGUGGCUCCUAGAAAUGCUAAUAAUCUUAAUACUCAAACCACCGCACCAGCCAGUUCCACCACUAGUACGGAUAUUUCACAGCAGAUGCUAAGCCUUCUGACAAAGUGCAACGAUGUUGUAACCAACGUAACGAGCAUGUUGGGCUAUGUGCCUUACCAUCCUCUUUGAUUAACAAAGGGCGACCCAAAUUAAUGUUUGAUCAAAAAUCAAAGAGAUGACGAUAAAUGGCUUCCUCUCGAAGCUGCUGCCUGUGAGGAAUGAAUGAAUUUGAAGUCACAAAUGGCGUGGUAGGUUCAAAGAGAGUGCGAUAUAGAAAAUCCCAUUUGUGGGUUAUAAAAGUAGAUGUACUCUUUUGUUGGAAGUGUUUGGGUACUUCCGGUGUGUACUGGUUUUGAAAGUGCAUGGCAGUGCCCUGCGCUGGUUUUUUUAAUAGCCUUUCUCCGCUCCCCUCAUUGAACUGCUAGUCUGUUUUGUUUUGUUUAGUUUUGUUUUGUUUGUGAUGAGUAAUGGAUUAGUACAUGUCUCUUGAUCAUUGUAGUUUGAUGUUGCUGGCGAUUUAAUGGAGUAAAUGAACAUGUUAUACGUGUAG